UGUGGGCGUGUCCAACUUUAUAAAAGCGCCGGUUUUGCCGCAGUCCUGGUCAUAGCUGACUAGAAUUUGCGGUACGUGAGAUUUCGCUAACUGUCAGGUUGACAAAAAGAAAAUCUCCAAAUAUGUCUGACGAAGGCAAGCUUUUUGUUGGUGGACUGAGCUUCGACACCAAUGAGCAGUCCCUGGAAGAGGUGUUCUCGAAGUACGGAAAUGUUUCAGAAGUCGUGGUGGUCAAGGACAGAGAAACACAGAGGUCGCGGGGGUUCGGCUUCAUCACGUUUGAAAACCCCGAGGAUGCCAAGGACGCCAUGAUCGCCAUGAACAGCAAGUCCAUCGAUGGCCGGGUGAUCCGCGUCGACCAGGCGGGCAAGUCCUCGGGAGGGAGGUCCGGCGGCUACAGGGGCGGCUCCUCCGGGGGGAGGGGAGGAUUCUUCCGCGGGGGCAGAGGAAGAGGUGGGCGUGGUUACUCGCAAGGUAAGGGCUGGCCGCAUGGCAAGAGCGAGUUUGCCUCCUCUUGGUCUGAUGUCACGCCCUCCUUCGGUUAGUCGCCC